AUGUGGAAGUGCCUUUGUUUAUUGUCAUUUUAUGUUUCACAGGUUAUUUGGGAGCUUGGACAGCAGGAGGCGCCUUUUAAAUUGGCUGUUGAAAAUCUGCGACCCGACUUAGUGAGGGUUGACAUGCCACCAAUGCCAACGUCAUCACCGCAAUCGAUUCCCACGCAAUUGCGUAGGAAACGCUCUUCCAUUGCUGCUGAUUCACAGUGGUUCGGAUACCAUGGAGAUGCCACUCUGAGGAGGGAUAAGAAGAAUUCGACACAGCCUCCCCAAUCUCGACCAGAAUGGCUUGGACCAACUGUGUUCUUACUUCGUGAGGAUGAGUCUUUCAUUGGGCAUGGACCAACGGGUGAUCACUGUGUCGAUUGGCAAGUUUAG